GAAAAUGGUCAAAAAGCGAAAAUAGCUUUUUAUAUUUAGCGUAGCGAUUUUUUACUGACACUCAUGGCUAUAUGCAAAUUUUUUGUUCAAGGCCAUUGUAAAUAUGGAAGCAGCUGUAGAUUUGAGCACCCAGUUGGGGGAAAUGCAGGAUAUGCUUACUCUGCACAGAGACAGUUAUUUGGAGGAGGGGGAGGUGGUAGAGGAGGGGGAGGAGGAGGAGGGAGAUCUCAACAAAACCAGAACCAGUACAAAUGGCAGGCUUCGGACUACAAUAACCAAAGGCAGGGACAACCCCAGGCAACACAAUACAAUAACCAAAGGCAGGGACAACCCCAGGCAACACAACAAAUGUCUACUAAUGAUGUUAUAAACACGCUGAUUUCAGAAGUUACAGAAUGGGAAAGCAACAAUAUGUGGCCAUUUUCAUGUGUUGGAUUCGAAAAAGAUUCUCCGUCUAUACCAGAAUUCACAGAUCACUCUCCAGAAGAAUUACGAACAGCUGCCUAUGAAGCAAUGCAAUCAGGAAACAUACAGCCUUAUAUUCAGCAAGCUGAAACAUUGAUAAAUGAAUACAAACAGAAAAGAUCUCAAGUAAAAAAUAUGACAAUGACACUGAAACAGAAAUUAAUAUCAAUGAUUGAAGAUUACAGACUGAACAAAAACAACAGAAGUGGAUCAUCUAGUUCAAAUUCAUCAUCACUAUUUAGUAAGUCUAACUCAGCCUUUGGAGGUACAUCUUUUGGAUCUUCAAGUUCAUCAAAUUCAUUUGGAUCAACUGGUUCUGCUAAUGCAUUUGGCUCAUCGGGCACCAGUCCCCUUUCCGCUACUGGUACAAGUUCAGCAUUUGGAAGUUCAGGAACCAGUCCACUUGGUACACCAUCCAUAUUUGGUGCAACAGGUUCAAGUUCCACUUUUGCUUCAACAGGUUCGAGUUCCACGUUUGGUGCAACAGGUUCAAGCUCAUCGUUUGGUGCAACAGGUUCAAGCUCUACCUUUGGUUCAAAAGGAACAAGUCCACUUGGUGCCACUGCUGCAAGUUCCGCUUUUGGGACACAACCAUUUGGUGCUUCAGAUAUUCAAACUCAGCCUGGAUCACAAGCUACAUUUGGAACCUCAGCUUUUGGAGCAGGAACCUUAGGAAGUACCAGUGCUGCAUUUUCUGGUACCCCAACAGGAUCUUCACCGCAAGCCUUUGGUGCACAGCAAAAUCAAGCAUCUUCAUCAUUUGGACAAGAAGCUAGUAGCUUUACUUCAAGUGGGUUUCCUACUGUUGCCCAAUCUGGUUUUGGUGCAAGUCCGUUUACAAGUCAGCCACAGGCCACAGGAUUGUUUGGGAAACAAGCACCAGCUCCUGCAGCUAACCCCUUUGGAGGUUUUACAGCACAACCAUCUGCAAGUGGUUUUUCUACUGCAGGGACUACUCCGUCUGCUUUUCCGUCAGGUGGGGCAUCACCAAAUGCUUUCCCCUCAACAUCAGCAAGUAGUAUUUCAGACAGUCAGAAAUAUACCCCAUUGGAUCAGUUAACAACUGAAGAACUUGAAGCAUUCCAAGCACCUACGUUUACCCUUGGAAAAAUUCCAACAAGACCUCCGCCAAAAGAACUUGUGUUUUGAUUGUGUUAUUAAAAAAUGUCUUUUUUAUUUAUAUGAAAUAUCAUGUCUAAAAUAUGAAAAAUUACAUGGUGACAUCAG